AUGGCAGCCGCUGCUACUCCCACCGACGCCGUCUUCCCCCGGAGCCAUGUUGGUUUCGACAGCAUCACCUCGCAGAUCGAGAAGAAGCUGUUGAAGCGUGGGUUCCAGUUCAACGUCAUCUGCGUUGGCCAGACUGGUUUGGGAAAGUCGACCUUGAUCAACACCAUCUUCGCCUCUCACCUCAUCGACUCCAAGGGUCGCUUAACGCCAGAUGAGCCCGUCCGUUCGACCACCGAGAUCCAAACUGCGUCGCACAUCAUCGAGGAGAACGGCGUACGUCUGAGACUGAACAUCGUCGACACCCCUGGAUACGGAGACCAAGUCAACAAUGACAGAUGCUGGGACCCCAUCGUCAAGUACAUCAAAGACCAACACUCGGCCUACCUGCGCAAGGAGCUUACCGCUCAGCGUGAGCGAUAUAUUCAGGACACACGAAUCCACUGCUGUCUCUUCUUUAUCCAGCCAUCCGGCCAUGCGCUAAAACCAAUCGAUAUUGUCGUUCUCAAGAAGCUGUCCGAUGUCGUCAACGUUGUGCCAGUUAUUGCCAAGUCUGACUCCCUGACCCUGGAAGAGCGUCUCGCUUUCAAGGAGAGAAUCAAGGAGGAAUUUACCUUCCACAACCUCAAGAUGUACCCCUAUGACAAUGACGAGCUCGACGAUGAAGAGCGUGCUGUCAAUGCGCAAAUCAAGGACAUCAUCCCAUUUGCCGUUGUUGGUAGUGAAAAGUCCAUUAUUGUUGGCGGAAAGCAAGUUCGAGGCCGUCAGAACCGCUGGGGUGUGAUAAACGUCGAGGAUGAGAACCACUGCGAAUUCGUCUAUCUCCGCAACUUCCUCACCCGCACUCAUCUCCAGGACUUGAUCGAAACCACCAGCCAGAUACACUACGAGACUUUCCGCGCCAAGCAGCUCCUUGCCCUGAAGGAAAGUAGCGCAACAGGCCACUCUGGAAGUCGCCCAAUCAGCCCUGCUGCUGACCGGGAAUUGAGCCGUAACUCCCAAAGAAUGACCAUGAACGGCAACUAG